AUGGCACAGGGUCCUUUCUAUGAUUUAGAUACUGAAGACAGUGAGAUGAAGGAAUGUACUUCAAUGGCUUUGGCCUCCGGAAAGUGGAUAAAUGAACAAUGUAAUAAAGAAAAUUUCGUUAUAUGUGGGAAAAAGAUCUCAGUGUUUUUGCCAUCGCUGGAGAGCUAUGUGGCAGGUGUCCCACUAAUGUCUGGCAUAUACAUAGUGUCCCGGAUACAACUGCUACCGUCUCCACCAGACCCAGGACAACAAAUGGUUGAGAUUAUGUUGUUCCCGGGUCUUUGGUUCAGUCAUGAAGGUCGAGUCCUGUCUUUGGAUUUGGUGACGCAGCCAAGUGAUCAGCUGACCUUUGCUAGAGUGCAAAUCUUACGGCCGUACUGCAGCCCAAGUCAUCACCUAGUACCACCUGGUUGUAGUUCUCUCCUGAACCCUUUUAGCUGCUGUUCAGUGACGCCCAUGUGCAACACCACUGGUGGCUGUGCCAGUGGGCAGUACUGGUGUCACCUGCUGGAGAUCUGUCUGCCCGUCACCAGUCCGUGCAGCCCUUACCACUCCUUAAACGGGGGACAUGUAUUCCCUCUGCCUCCUCGCUACCCUGCGACGCCACCGUUCUUCCACUUGAUGGCAGACAUGUCACUGACACUGACCCCAAGCACUGAACACACACACAUCAGUGUUAUAGUACAAGACAAACAUAUCACUGUCUAUCCUGAUGACAUUCUGGCAUUGCAGCACACUAGAAGAGCAAGUGAAUUUCUACAUUGUGUUGCCACUACCAGCUCAUCCUGGCGCCAGAGUUACCUCUCCCUGCAUGGGCCUGAGUGGGGGGGCUGGUUAGAGGGGGGUCUGUCUGCCCAACCGGGACAGGGCCAAUGGCUUGAUGAACUGGUCUGUGACCUCCGGGUGAUUUACGAGGACACAAUGCCACACUUCGGGGUUUCAGCAAUACCCAGCACCUCACAGAGCAACAGUCCAAUCAAAGCAGAGAGUCCUGUCACAGGGUUGCAAGUUUUAUAUCCAAAGCUUGACAAGGACAUCCAAAUGCAUGUUGCUGUCAAUGUCCCAACCCUCAUUGUCAUCCAGAUCAUUUCAGGAGGAAACGCAACCAGUUACUGGUCAGACCCUGUGUCUAAGAACGGAGUCCCUUUUGUAUCUUCUUGCCCUGCUGAGAUGCCUGAGAUUGAAGGAGGGUGUGUUAGGGCUUCUCUUGACAUGUGGUUCUCUCAUGUAUACAUGAAGCUUUCUAGUCAAGGGGAACAUAUGCUAAAUAUCAUGGCUUCAAACAGCUUGAACUCCCAGACUCUGAGCGUGAGAGUUGUGUCUCAUAUUCCUGUAACUGGGCUGAGAAUCCAGCCUCAGGGCUUCAACAGAGUUCUAGUGGACAUACCACAGUUGUUUACAGCUUCAGUAGUUACAGGUUCAUCAGUGAAGUAUACUUGGGUUAUUGAUGACCUGGUCCAGUUUCCACAAACAGGAGAGUCCUACAGCGUGGUUUUUAAGAAGCCGGCAGAAUACAAGCUAAAGUUAAUUGAGGUGAAGCUCACAGCUGAUGUGAUGACCCCAUUAGCUGACCUAGAAGUAAUUUCCAUGCCAGAGGCCAUUGCUGUAAACACCUCAACUUGCUACACAAUUCAAGUAAAAUCUGACAUCUCUAUAGGCGUUACAAUCAGAUGGGAUUUUGGUGAUAAUACAGCAUCUGUCAGUCACCUAGUUUCCACUCCUUUAGAGAUGGAAGACAGCUAUCUUCACCGAAGUGCCAAAUAUGUCUAUCUGCAAGAUUCCAUCCAUCAUACAUUUUCUUUUCCAGAGGCAUCCAAAAACAUCAGUUUUCAAGUGUCCAGUGGCUCACAAGCCAAUUACCACUGGACUUUUCUAUUAAAUGGAGUCCAGUCCUCUCGAGAAAUCGGGCAAAAUGUUCACUUCACACCUUUCACUAAUGGAUCCCUGUCUGUUACAGUGGAAACUGAUAAUGGCUUCUGCUCACAGUCCCUGACCAGAAGAGCAACAAUACAGAAGCAUAUGAAGAAAGUGAAGCUUUUUACCUCUGAUGAUGGAGCUUUUAUUGAUUAUCCGAUCACAUUUGUUGCCAUCACAGAUGGAGGCAGCAACCUUAAAUUCCUUUGGGAUUUUGGUGAUGCCAGUGAAGGAGCCCUGGUUACAGAAUCCAAUAGACAAGUCCACAAAUACAAUGUUACUGGUGGUUCUCACAGGUUCUGGUCAAGUCAGUAUGAUCUGAUUUUGGAUGCAACUGAGUCUUUUGAUCCAGAUUCAGAGGAGAAUGAUAUCGAGUUGUUUCAGUUCCAGUGGGGUUACACUAUAGAGAACACAACAGCAAUGCCUUCAGCUGUUUCCACCCUUCAUCAACAUAUUCCAGGAAAUGGAAGUAUACUGCUUCUUCCUAGAAGUGCACUGCUGCCAGACAGAAUGUACCACUUUACUCUCACCCUUUACAAAAGUGGACGACAACCUGUCUCUAUAUCACAGUUGGUUACAGUGUACAAUACCACGUUGCUACCUGUGACUGUAAAGUGUGUCUCCUGUAAUUCCCUGCUGUCUUUCCAUGUGAGGCACAGCCAUUACAUUACAUUGGCUGGUCAUUGUUCUUCAUGUCAAGACACUGUACAGUACAGGUGGACUGCAGAGAAUCAGAAAGGUGAAGCUCUAACACUGAAUGAGGUCACUACCUUGACAGGAAGUCUCUGGAGAGAAAUAGUCAUUAAACCAGGGGUGCUAAAGGAGGGCCAAGAAUACACCUUUACUCUCAAUGUGUCUGAACCAGCCUCUGGGCUUUGGGGGUCGGCAAGCAUCACCUUAGUCCCCAACCAUCCUCCAUAUGGGGGUAUUUGCACUCUGUCACCCGAUGACUCACUUCAUUUCCUAGAAACCAUGGUCUCUUACAGUUGCUCAGAGUGGAUGGAUGAUGACAGUGACUCAGCUCAGCUGAUAUUUUCACUGCAGGUGGCACAGUGUGAAAAUUUUGGACCAUUAUGUCCCUUGAUUACCCUUUACAGAGGCACUCAGAGCACAUUCAGCUCCCUGGUGCCACUGGGUAUACUGAGCACAGAGGAAAACUUAUCUGUUAUUUACGUGCUGGUACUGGUCGAGGACAGUAUGGGGGCAUCAGUCAUCGCAGCAAGAAAGAACCUGACAGUGGUGCUGAGAGACCAAUGUACAACAGAGUGGUUGAGGAAUAAGAGCCAGUCAGAGUUAUGGGCCUUGCGUCAACAAGGAAACCCUCAGGACAUUACUCAAUAUUCUGUUGCUCUGAGCAGCCAACUUAAUCAGCUAGCAUCCAUAAAGGCUGAAGGGUUGGAGGACAGGAUUCAGAUACGUGGAAAUGUCAUUCAGGCUCUAGCGUCUCUGCCGGUCUCCUCCUUGCAGGAUGCGGCUCUGAUCAGCUCAGCUUUGGCCCAGUCUACAGUGGUUCCCUCUGAAGUGCAGUGCAACGGCUGCCGUGCAAAGGUGCUGAAGGUCACAGAGAAGAUGAUCAAAGUGAUAAGAGAACAAACAGGACAGGCUGACAUCAACCCCACAGACACCGGCAGGAACAUUCUGGCUGUUUUAAGCAGCACACUGACUGCUGAUCAGAGGCAGAGGAACAAUUCAGGCCUCAAGCAUGUGGAUACAUCAGAGACAGCUGUAUCAGCACUGGGCCAGAUUUUAGAGCUCAUGCGUUCAUUAAUGCUGUCGCGGAUGAGUGGAGAAGAAGCUCUCUCUCUCGCUGUUCCUAAGAUCACUGCGGUGGGUGUACGGGGUGACCCUACUAAAGACCUCCUGUGCACAAAUCCCCUUAGCCACUGCCAGUUUCACAUCCCAUCAGCACUGAGCUCUCAACUAAAGGAGGAAAAACAAGAGGUUCUGCAGAUCCUUCUGCAAAUGGAGGGUGAAGAAAACCUAUUUAUUCCAGCUGCAGAACCUGCUAUAUCAACCACACUUGCAGCCAUGGAGUUUGCUACACCACAGGGACAGAUCAUUUCAAUCACCAACCUGACACUAGACACUGCGAUACAAUUUACUUUACACAAAAAAGUACAAGAGACGGAAGAUGAGAGGUUACUAUGGAAAACAUUUACUCUGCCACCCAAGGGAAAUGUAAAUUUUACAGUCAAAGCAAUGGACCUCAGAGAUCCUCAGACUGGCCUCUAUGUUGCCUUAAACUUCAGUCUCAUUCCAGGAGCUGGUGAGGAAGCCUCUGGACUAGUAUGGAUCUCUGUAGAUGACCAACCAGUUCAUCCACUGUCUGAACACACUCAUUCUGAGGAACUCAGUCUCUCUCUUUCAGCUGGGACUCCAUCACUGGAGCACACCAUCUUCCUUACACCGAUCAUGCUGUGCCGGUUCUUCAGUGAUGAUGAGAGGCGCUGGAGCAGUGAUGGCUUGAGUCCUCUGAGUGGCAGCAGCCCCCAUACUGCCCACUGCCUCACACAUCACCUCACUAUGUUUGGAGCCAGCCUCUUCAUCCAUCCUGAAGCACUUCUACUGCUGCCACCUUCAGAGGAGCCAGUGAGGAAUGUGGUGGUGGGAAUAAUUUGUGGAGUCUUGCUGUUAAUUUAUCUGCUGGUUGGUCUUAUCGCUCACAAACUGGAUCACCUGGAAAGUCUACGUCUUAGCUGGGUUCCUCUGUGUGGUCAGAAAGGUCACUACAAGUACAGGGUUCUUGUCAAAACAGGCUGGAAAAAAGGGUCUGGUACCACUGCACAUGUUGGCAUUAGCCUGUAUGGCCUGAAUAAAAGUGGCUCACGUCACCUUCAAAGAGAAGGAGCUUUCCAGAGGAAUAGCGUGGAUGACUUCCAAGUUGAAACAGAUGCCAAUCUCGGAGAGAUCUGGAAAAUACGCAUCUGGCAUGACAACACAGGCCUAGACCCAUCCUGGUACCUAAAACAUGUGAUAGUCUGGGACAUACAGACAGACAACAUGUUCUUCUUCUUGGUAGAAGACUGGUUAUCUGUGGAGAAUGAGAAGAACUCUGGAAGGGGGGAGAAAGUAAUUUUAGCGUCUUGUCCUCAGGAGCUGCAGCAGUUUAAGAGGAUCCUACAUUCCCAGUUACUGUUUGGCCUUCGAGAGCACCAUCUCUGGAUUUCAUUAUGGGAACGGCCGGCCCACAGUCACUUUAGCCGAGCCCAGAGGGUCACCUGCUGUGCCCUCUUAUUACAUCUCUAUCUGGCAGCUGGGGCAGUUUGGUAUGGAGCAGUGGGCAGAAAGGGCAGCAGCGGCCCGGUCUCUACCCAGAUGGUGAUGAAUGCAGAGAACAUUCUGGUUGGAAUAACAGUUGCAGCUUUGAUGUUCCCUCUCCAAACCAUUCUCAGAUUUCUCUUCCAAAACACCAAAAGCAAGGUGACAUUGGCUGUAUCUCUGCCUCCCUCUCCUGUGUCUCAUACUGUGGAGAUGGAUGUUUUCCUCAGUCACCCAGAUCUCUCCUGUUCAUCUUUUCUGUCACUGCCGACAGACCCUGACUCUUCCAUCUAUGAUGGGCCAUCUCCUUUCACUAAUUCCCUGAAGAAACUAGAUUCAGAGUUCUGGAAUACUCCAGAUCCUGGGAAUGACCGAAUGGAUCAGUGGCCAUCAUGUGAAAGUAUAUUUGGCCUGUCUGAGCUGACAGGAACCAGUCACCUUCUGAAGAGAAAAAAAGCCAUUCUACAACUACAUUUGUCAACUCCGACCUCUGACCACAACACCUUAGAGCCAAUAAAGUCUUCAGAGGAAGAUCUUAUCACUAUAACUGCAGACUUGGAUCCCUCAAACACACUUUCCUUGGAGCCAGAAGCAUCUGACAGUGGCCAUUUCACACCCAACGACACCAUCCUGUCUGACAUCCAGGACAGCUUGUGUAGUGAGUGGUCUGAUCUGAGUGUGGAUACGCCUACAUCUGAACCUGGCUUUCACAAGUCCUCCUCCUCACUCUCAGUGCUCAGUGAUGCCAGCACAUUUCUCCCUAGUCUCCCACCCGACUCUAUAAGCACAAUCUCCAACACACGCAUUGGUGUUGUUCGUGGUGUACCUGGCUUGUUUCUUCCAUCAUGGGUUCUGCGUAUGGUUUAUCUGCUGGUGGCUGUUUUGCUGGGAACAAGCCUGGCUCUGGUGGGACUAUAUGGGAGCAGGUUUUCCAGCUCUGUGGUUCUCAUGUGGCUGGUGUCUGCCCUGUCAGCCUUCCUCACUUCUGCCUUGCUGUUCGAACCAUUUGCAAUAUGUAUUCAGGCACUAUAUCUGGCUGCUGUGGUGAAACCAGUGGACCCAGAGGGGGAGAACCGUUUGGCUCAGGAGACAGAAGUCAGAAGGACAGAAGAGGAUUUGGGGGAUAAGGUGCAUCCUCUCGGUGGAUAUGGCCUGCUGCAGGCUAAAGAGGAAGCACGGAAGCUGAGAACACUUAGAGCCUUAAUGAGGAGCUGCUUAGUCUAUUUGCUCUUCCUGUUGGUGGUUCUGAUGGUGAACUACCAGGAAUAUGUUCAUGAGACUAACAGCAGACGGCUUCACUCGGCUAUUAAACACACACUGAUCAGGACUUUACCAGGUCAGCCCAGUCUCACUGCAUUAUCAGGGACAAAGGCAGUAUUGAUUGAGUUCACUCACUAUCAUAAACAGACAGGCGUCUUGGCACCAGUCUCUAUUCUCCUGGAUCAAACACAGACAGGCAGAAUCCUUUCUUUCCUUUCCAUCCAGCCUUUACACGUCUCUCCAUUCUCUGGUCCAGACUUACACGUUACAUUGACGGUUCUGCUACUGCUGUUUGCCCUGUGCUUUGUGAGUGCUGAAGUAUGGGCCUUGAUCAGAAAGCCAAGUCAAUACCUGAGGCAAGCCUGGCGCUGGUUUCAGCCAUUGUUAGCUCUUCUGACGCUAGCAGCAGCUGUUCUUCGUCUGUAUUUCCUCUACACGACUGCAGCCUUCAUCUCCAGACAUUGCUCCAGGCCCUCCUGCUUUGCUGACUUCCAUAGUGCUGCGACACUGGCCAAAAAGUCCAGUCAGCUCUCAGCAAUUUUAUUAACCCUCUUGGUUCUAAAGAUGGUGGGGAUCUUGCGGUUUGUUAGGCGAUGGUUGGUGAUAGGGCGGGUUAUUCGACAAGUAUUCCCUCAGAUCUGUGGCGUGGUGUUUCUGCUGCUCCUCCUGUUGCUUCUGUUCUCUCACACAGGCAUCAUGCUCUUCUCGGGUUCAGUAGAGGGCUUUAGGACCUUAGGGCAGGCCAGUUCCUCUCUGCUGUGUUUGUUAAGGGGCCACAUGGGGUUGCGUCGACUUUGUGAGCAUCAUCCUGUGGUGGGACCUCUCUACUGCCUGUCUGCCGUGGGCAUUGGAUUUUGGGUACUGGGGCGCCUAUGUGCUGCUGUAUUGAUUCGAACAUACCGAAUGGUACAGGCAGACAUUUACAGACCAUCCAUGGAGCCACAGGACUAUGAGAUGGUACAGUUCCUCAUUAAACGCCUCAAGCUAUGGAUGGGGCUUAGCAAGACCAAAGAGUUUAGGCACAGAGUCAAGUUUGAGGGAAUGGUUCCUCCACCCUCUAGAUCCUCCCAGGGCUCUGAAGCCUCCAACUGCUCUGUCCCGCUCAGUCCCAUCGGUCCUCGCCGGGUAUCAUCUGCCUCUUCUUUGGCCUCCAAUUCAUCUGUCAUUUCAGGGUGUUUUGACUUCCACCAUUAUGUGGACCGCCUGGUGCCCUGUGUUGACAGCCUCAUGGCUGGUUUCGACCGCGUCAACCAGCUGACUGAAGAAGUCUAUAACUUUGAGCUCCAACUUCAGCAGAUCCAGAGCAGAAUUUACCAGAGAAGAAAGUCUCAGCCUCAGCAGGUGACCUUCGAGGGACGUGAUCCAACACCAAAGCUGCCACUGCUCCCUCAACAUCCAUCUACCUCUGUUUUGGAAUGUAACCACACUCCAGCUUCUCUUCAAGGUGUCAUUAAUACCCUUCCACAUUGCCGUGCUACACACUCAGAGUCCUCCCUGAUGGGGCCUGCUGCUCAGUUAGGUAAGAGAAUACUUUCUGCACUGGAUGGAAGCAUGAACAACCCAAACCUGAGAAAAUGGGGUGUCCCAAGACGCAGGGCCUGGAAUUCAGUCACCUGCCAUUCUGCUGACACUGCUCAGAGGUUACCUGGAUCUCACAGCACUGUGACCUUGCCAGUGAGACCCCGGAGUGAAGACGGAGACCGAGAGUAUCUAUGUGACAGCAUGCCGAUUAAGAGACAGGCAUGGCACACUGAAUAA